CUCUUAGCAUAAUGGUGGUCUAAAACCCUCCGACUCCUCUGUGCCAUUGUUGCUAAAAAAUGAAAGCUUUUAGAUCUCUACGAAUUCUAAUCUCCAUCUCACGAACGGAGACACCUUACAGUAAAACCCAUCUUCCUCAGAACUUCAUCCGCCGGUCGUACUCGGCGCAGCCGAAUCUAGACGAGCCCACUUCCGUCAACGGAGACUCUGUUUUCGAUGGCAGUCAGUGCUCAAUCGAAGAUCCCGUGAAGAAGCCCAAACAACCCAAUUGGGAUAAAGGGUACAGAGAAAGAGUACAGAGAGAGCUGUUCCCACAAGAGAAACAGAGCUCCGAAGAAGAAGAAGAAGAAGAGGAUAGUAUUGAUCGGUCGAGGAUUCUCGCAAAGGCUCUCCUUGAGGCUGCUCUUGAAUCAGCUGAUGACGAACUCGGUGAAGGUGAGGUUAGAGAAGAAGACCAGAAGUCUCUUAACGUCGGAAUCAUCGGCCCACCAAACGCCGGCAAAUCUUCCCUCACUAACUUCAUGGUUGGAACAAAGGUUGCAGCUGCCUCACGGAAGACAAACACGACGACCCAUGAAGUGUUGGGAGUGUUGACAAAAGGGGAUACACAAGUUUGUUUCUUUGAUACUCCUGGUUUAAUGCUCAAGAAAAGCGGGUAUGGUUACAAAGACAUCAAGGCCCGUGUGCAAAAUGCUUGGACUUCGGUUGAUCUAUUUGAUGUCCUCAUUGUUAUGUUUGAUGUCCACAGGCAUCUCACCUGUCCGGAUUCAAGAGUUGUACGCUUGAUUACAUACAUGGGAGAGGAAGCAAAUCCGAAACAGAAGCGCAUUUUAUGUAUGAACAAAGUUGAUUUAGUUGAGAAGAAGAAAGAUCUAUUAAAGGUUGCUGAGGAGUUCCAAAAUCUCCCGGCAUAUGAAAGGUACUUCAUGAUAUCAGGACUAAAGGGAUCUGGAGUCAGAGAUCUCAGCCAAUAUUUAAUGGACCAGGCAGUAACAAAGCCAUGGGAGGAAGAUCCAUUCACAAUGAGUGAAGAAGUGAUGAAGAACAUCUCUCUUGAAGUUGUUAGGGAGAGAUUACUAGACCAUGUUCAUCAGGAAGUACCAUAUGGGGUGGAGCACCGUCUAGUGGACUGGAGAGAGCAGCGAGACGGGUCUCUGAGGAUCGAACAGCAUCUCAUCACUCCUAAACUUAGCCAACGCAAGAUUCUUGUGGGGAAGAGCGGUUCCAAGAUCGGGAGGAUAGGAAUAGAGGCUAAUGAAGAACUCAGGAGAAUAAUGAAUCGUAAAGUUCAUCUCAUCCUCAAGGUAUUGCUCAAGUGAAACCAUUUUCCCUCGGCGUUUUCAGAGGAUUUAGGAUUGCUUUUGUAUACGAGAGAUCUGUCUGUAUAUUUGAUAUUGUCAAAGAUUAGACAUUUUACAUUAGUUGGUUAGAAAUAUAAACUUAAUACAAACAGAGAGAACCA